AAUCCCUCGCAGCUGGGAAACUUCGUGACUGUGAGACGGCGUAGUCGCAGGACAAAACAUCACUCGACCGUUCCGAUUACAGUCUCGAACAGGUUUGCCCCGCUCAGUGACGCACCGACUGAGAAACCUGCUGAAAGUGCCCUAGUUAUCGGUGAUUCUAUUGUUCGGAACGUUAACAUAGAGGCACCAGCCACCAUAGUCCAAUGUUUACCGGGAGCCAGAGCGCCUGACAUCAAGUCAAAUUUAAAUGUGCUGGCUAAGGCUAAUCGUAAAUUCAGUAAGAUUGUCAUUCACGUCGGCACAAAUGAUGUUCGACUCCGUCAAUCGGAGAUCACAAAAGAUAACAUUAAAGAGGUGUGUGAGCUCGCAAGCAUGAUGUCAGACACUGUAAUAUUCUCUGGCCCCCUCAAUGCUUAUCGUGGUGAUGAGAUUUAUAGCAGAUUAUCAUCACUAAAUGGCUGGUUGUCUGAGUGGUGCCUGCAGAAUGAUAUAGUUUUUAUAAAUAACUGGAAGAGUUUUGAGGGCAGACCUGACCUGUUGAAACGAGAUGGUCUCCAUCCCUCCUGGGCUGGGAUUUCCAUCCUGUCUAGAAAUAUGGCAAAAAGUCUUAAUGCUAAUGCUAAAACUUGACUCGCUGGGGCCCAGGUCAGGGAGCAGACAGUAUGGCUUAACCAACUGUCUGCUUGCCGUCUCACGUCGCAGAAUACACAAAAUGUACAACAUGUAGUAAUCCGUUCUCCCAAACAUCACAAAAUAGAGACUGUGUCUGUCCCCCGGAUUAGCAAACAUAAAAUAAUGCGUAAACCUCUUGAAAGUAAUUUAAUAAACGUUAAA